CUCAAAUUCAAUUCCUCAGAGACAGAGAGAAUGAAGUACGAGGUAAUGAAGCUGUGAUGUCUUCGUAGAAUACUAGAAAUUAUGUUGUGUGUUCUUAGGAACAGAAAUGGAGGUGCUUGUUUUUCCAUUACAUGUCACCUUUUCAAUAAUCUCUCUGCAAUUGUUUCAGUUCAUUCUUCUCCUCCACAAUCCAUUCUAUCUACUAACUCCAUUGUUCCCACACGCAAAACACCACCAACCACAUCUUCUUCUUCUUCUUCUCUUGCUGUUUCCAUUUGUUCUUUGCUCUGCCACCGUGUCUCUUCCAACAGUGAUAACAUUGAUAAUGUUUUGGGUCCCUACAAGGGAGUGUUGAGCUCCAAGAUUGUUCUUAGGGUGUUGAUGAGUUACAAGCAACUGGGUAGGGCCAAGACCUUGAAUUUCUUCUCUUGGGCUGGGACCCACAUGGGGUUUCAGCUUGAUCACUCUGUUGUCGAGUACAUGCUUGAUUUUUUGUGUAGGAGAAAGCUCUUUGAUGACAUGAAGUGUUUGUUGAUGACUGUCUCACUGCAUAAUCAAGGUAGUGUUUCUUGCAAGGCUUUGUCUAUUUGCAUCAGGUUUUUAGGUAGGAAUGGAAGGAUUAGGGAAGCAUUGUCACUGUUUGAUGAAAUGGGAACUGUUUUUAGGUGUAAGCCUGAUAAUCUUGUCUACAAUAACAUGCUUUAUGUGCUGUGCAAGAGGCAAUCAUCUGAGGAGAUGGUUGACCUUGCGCUUUCGAUUUUUCGCAGGAUUGAAUCUCCUGACACCUAUUCCUGUAGUAACAUGCUUGUUGGUUUGUGUAAAGUUGGUAGAUUAGAGGCUGCUCUUGAAAUUUUUGGCCGAAUGGAUGAGAUUGGUGUGAUUCCAUCUCGAUCUGCAGUGAACAUACUCAUUGGUGAAUUGUGCUCAAUGAGUGCUAAAGAAGGUUCUGUUGAGAAGCUUAGGGUGAAAAAUACUCGUAGACCUUAUACUAUACUGGUUCCUAAUGUUGGAUGUAAGAGUAAUACUAAUAGUGGUUCAAUUCAGGCUGCAAUUGCUGUAUUUUGGGCAGUUCAUAAAUCUGGCUUGUGGCCUAGUUCUUUUGUUGUAGUUAAGUUUAUCUCCGAGCUUUGUCGCUUAGGUAAGACAGAAGAAGCUGUUGAAAUUUUGAUGAUUGCUGAGGAAAAGAAGUUAACUUGCGUGGGAGAGGGAUACUCGAUUGUCAUAAGGGCGUCGUGCGAACAACGCCGAGUGGAGGAAGCUAGUAAAUUGUUUGGGAGAAUGCUGCAACAUGGUUUAAAACCGAAAUUGGUUGUUUACAAUUCUAUCAUAUCCAUGCUGUGUAAGUUGGGUAAUUUGAAUGAUGCUACAAGGGUCUAUGAAAUCAUGAACAAGAAAAGAUGCCUUCCUGAUAAUUCGACCUAUGCAGCUUUAAUCCAUGCUAAUGGUGAGAGGAAGAACUGGAAAGUUACAUAUGACUUGUUAACCGAAAUGCUGGGAUUUGGAUGGAUUCCACAUUUUCACACUUACAAUUUAGUAGACAGUCUUUUGAGAGAACAUGAUCAGUUGGAUCUGUGUUGUAAAUUGGAAAGAAAAUUAGAGAACAAAAAGCUGCAGAAGCUGUGUAAGAUUGGUCAACUUGAUGCAGCUUAUGAGAAAGCAAAAUCAAUGCUUGAAAAGGGUAUUUGUUUAUCACCAUCUGCCAGAGAUACAUUUAAGGAUGUGUUUCAGAAGUGUGGAAAGUUAAAUGUAGUGCGGCAAUUACUGGAGACAACUGAUAGAGCCUGAUUAGUUUUGAUUGAACAAAAUGUACAGUCCUUUGUAGUUGGAACAAUUUUUGAAACCUAUAUUUCUCUUCAAAAUUUCACUUACCCUGUGAUGUUCACUGAACUGCUAAUAGAUGCUUAGUAAUUUUGGUAUCACUUAGUUGUUGGAACUUGGAUCAGUUUUGAUGAUUCAGAUGUGAAGUUUAUAUUACAAGA